AUGGCGGCCUACGUGGCGGAUGACUUCGACCGGCCAGGGGCAGGAGGCCCCGGCGGCGCGGAUGCCACAGAAGGCGGUGAGGAAGACAUCACCAUGACGAUGUCUGGGCACCACGGAAUGAUGGGAGAGACUCUGGAGUUUCAAACCAGUAGCAUGCGGCGGCGAGGCCAGGGACUCGCGAAGCAGGGUGGUUUGCGGUCGCGUGUCAUCUCGACCAUGUCGGAAGGCGGUCUAGAAUCUGCAGAAGGCGCUCUCGUCAACUACGAGGAAGAGGUGAAGCUCCAGCGUCAACUUGGCGAGGAAAGCAACCUCGAGCGAGGCCGCCGCAUGAAGGACCUCAGCAACGCCUUCAAAAGAGACCUCGAAAGCGUCCCGGCUGUCCGUCAACAACUCGACAUCCUCCAGAACCGCGCAGCGGCGAUUGUUUCGGGACUUGAGUCGUCGACAUCCCACGAGCAGGGCGGAGACGACGAUGGCGCCCUGGCUGGAUCUGCAGAAAGCUGCAAUCAGCGCCUGCAACUCUCGAUUUCCCUCCUCGUCCAGAUGGCCGACGCCGCCUCGUUCUACGAACAUCCCCUGAUCAGAAACCCCUGCUUUGCUAUUCCUGCUCUCGAAACCGCCGUCCAGGAAGUUUGGAGGGAACGUGGCGCACUGGGCCCAGCUCCGCGCGUGGGGAUUCUCGGCUGGCUCGGCCACGACCACGUGACUCCUCGGGGACUGAACAGCGGGAAGGUAAAUCGCCUCGUUUGCGUCGAGGGCGUUGUGAAUCGCUGCACGGCGGUCCAACCCAAGCUGUCUCGGGCAGUGUACGUCAACGAGGUUCAGGGAGGCCAGGCGCUUCCCGGUCAGGACGAGAGCGCUGACGAAGGCCAAGAGAGACAAGUGUACGUGCGCGCCUUCUACGACGUCACCAACCUCGAUAAAGACAUCCGAGACACGCAGCCGCCUCCAGAGCGCGACCCCACGGGUGUACGCGUCAACCGGCAAGAGCUCGGGUACUCGUACUUCAAGAACGUCCAGCGCUUCUUCGUGCAGGAAGCGCCUGAGACGGCACCGACGGGCCAACUGCCCCGAUACGUCGAAGUGCUCGUCGAGGAAGAUCUCUGCGACAAAGUCAAGUGCGGCGACCGCGUGCGCGUCUGGGGCGUCUAUCGUCCUCGCAUGGGCACCACCAACGGCACCAGCAGCGGCCUCGUCAAACCCUUCCUCAUCGCCAACAACAUCCAGGUUCUGACGGUUGCGGCGCGCGCGUCGCUCAUGCGGAAUCUGCCGUCGGAUUUGGAGAAUCUCCGGACGUUUGCUCGGCGCCCAGAUAUCCUCUCGGUCCUGACACGCUCGUUUGCGCCGUCGAUUUGCGGCCACGAACUCGUCAAGCGCGGUUUGUUGCUGCAGUUGGCCGGUGGCGUUGAGAGAGUCUCGAACGUCCAUCGGAUCCGCGGGGACAUCCACGUGCUCCUUGUGGGGGACCCGAGUGCGGGGAAGUCGCAGCUCCUCCGGUUCGUCCUGAACUUGAUUCCGGGGAGCGUGAGCGCGACAGGGCGAGGCUCCUCUGGCGUCGGGUUGACGGCAGCCAUCGUCACGGACCAGGAAACCGGCGAGAGACGCGUCGAGGGCGGCGCCAUGGUGAUGGCAGAUCGCAGCGUGGUGUGCAUCGACGAGUUCGACAAAAUGCUCGCGGGGGACCGCGUGGCCAUCCACGAAGUCAUGGAACAGCAAACCGUGACUGUCGCGAAGGCCGGAAUCCACACCACACUCAACGCCCGGUGCUCCGUCCUCGCUGCAGCCAACCCGCUGUACGGCUGCUGGGCCGAUGACAUGGACUACAAGCAACAGCUCACUUUCGAAGACUCCCUCAUGAGUCGGUUCGACCUCAUCUUCAUCGUCAGAGACAGCGCGACGACAGCGGAGGACGAGCGCCUGGCGACAGCCGUCCUGCGCAACGUGACCGAGAAGGCGAAGCCUGUGGCGGCGUCCGGAGAAGAGCGCCGCACGCUGGAGAAUUGCCAAGUGCAGCCGCACAGAGACAUGGCGCAGGAGCCGACGGGACGAGACGAAGAAGAAGAAGAGGGCUCGACCAAGAUCUUCUGCCAGAGAAACGAAAUGGCCUAUCUCGACAAGGCCGGCCGGGAACACGAAGUCCUCACGACGGACUUUCUGAAGAAGUACAUCCAGUACGUCCGCCGCUGCCGCUACGAGGAAGACGAAGAAGACGAGUCGAGUGCGGUUCCUGUGGGACUUGAAGACAAGAAGGCCGAGGCCAAAGGCCCGCAGCUGUCCGACGACGCCGCUCAGGCCAUCAUCAAGUUCUACUCAGACAUCCGCGACCGCUGCUUCGGGCAAGGCGUCGGCACUGGCGCGAGGGAAUUCGACAAAAGCGGCAACGCGGGCUUCAACGGCGGCGCGAUGCUGCGCCCGGUCACAGCUCGAACGCUCGAGGCCGUCGUCCGCCUGGCCACUGCGCAUGCAAAGCUCAAGAUGCAGAAAUGGGUGACGCCAGAUGAUGUUCGGGUCGCAAAGGGAAUGAUGCUCUACACGCUCUUUGGAGAGGAGCCUGACGACGAAGAGGACAGCGACUCAGACAGCGAGGAGGAAAGCGAGGACGAAGACGAAGAAUUUGUCGCGCCGCGCAGCCUCCGCCGGCCUGCGAACAAACGCACAGACGACGUGGACGUCGAAGACGCGAGCGAGGCGGCCGCAGAGAAAGGGAGAAGCAAACGAUGGCGCGAAGACGCUCUGCGUGGCGUUCUCGCUUUCCGUCCGCCUCUCGGCGGGACCUGCCUCUUCACGUGUAUUCUGUGCUCUCUGGGCACGCGGGACGAAAUCGCCAACCAAAUGCAGUCGCUCGACCUCUCGGCGGACGCGUCCAAGAAGAAGCGACGGACGCGCGCGCAGGCUGGCGCCAAGAAGGCCCCGGCAGGCAGCUCUGGCGGCGUGGAAAAACUUGCCGAGGUUCACGACCAGGCGAAGCGGAAGGACUCGAUUCACCAGUGGAUCAUUUCGUCUCUGCAAGCAAACGAAGACGGCAGCGGUGUCGAAGUCACCCAGCUGUUUGCACUGGUCGCCGAGAAAGCAAAGGCAGCAGGCAUGUCCGGUUUCACGGAGGCCGAAAUGCGCCAGGAACUGGCGGAACUCGACAGCAGGGAUUCUGCUCCUCUCUUGUUCCACGGUUCGCGUGUGUACGAGUGUUAA